AGCACUGCUGACAGGUAGCCUAAACACACUCGUGCCUGGCGCUGAUCGGCGGCAGGAAUAAUGGCAGCCAAGCUCGCCCUGCUCCUGGCGGCAGCGUGCCUGCUGGUGCUCGCGGCGACGGUGGCGGACGCCAGGCCGCUGAAGAGAGAGGAUCAGCUGCCGCCGUCGUCGGAGGGCGACGACGGCGCCCGGCAUGCGGCGGUGGUGGAGUCGCCUCCGGCGGGCGGCGGCGGCAUCCAGACGGUGGUCGGGGCCGCGGAGCACGCCGGCGGCGGGCGCAAGUUCGCGAUGAUGAGCAUCGACAUGCUCCGCGGGGUCAAGGACUCCGGCCCGAGCCCCGGGGCGGGGCACUAGCAGCAAGCUCUACACGCUCGGCUGCUGCGCGCGCCAGGGAAUGGCUCGAUCAGCUGGUCCUGCGUACGUGGCGAGAUGAUAAAAUUUACGCUGCCACAUGCAUCCAUUCCAUGCUCUGGUAUAUACAGAACUGUCCUUUAGUCCCGGUUGCCAACGGGCAUUUAUCCCGGUUUUCCAAUCGGGAUUGAGCAUCCGGAACAAAUGUGCUUUGUCUAUUUGUCCCGACAGCUCACGAU